CGUCAUUUCAUUCUUCUGCAAACAGUUGCGCCAGUGUUUCACUCUCUCAGUCACCUCGAUUCCAGCUUGUUUCGGAUCGCCUCCCUUAAUUUCUGCAUAUCGCACAGGAAUGAAUCCCCCUAAGCUAUAAUAAACCAUGGCCAGCAAAAGAACCCGCGCAGCCUUCGAGGAAGACCUCCAAGCCCACCAAUCCCCUUACGCCUUCUAUGGAACGCCCCUCCCCCCACUCGACCCCAACGUGCGCGACGAUGGAUCCUACAUGCCGAUCUGGAAACAGGAAGUAACCGAUGACCGGGGAAGGAAACGCUUGCAUGGCGCCUUCACCGGUGGUUUCAGCGCCGGGUACUUCAACACCGUCAGGUCCAAGGAAGGAUGGACCCCUGCGACAUUUGUAUCUUCGCGACAGAAUCGGGCUAAAGAUGCGAAACCGCAACAACGGGCGGAGGAUUUUAUGGAUGAGGAGGACCUGCGUGAAGCUGAGGAGGCGAGGGAGCUUCAGACGAGCAGUGAUUUUGCGGGGUUUGGGUCUACGGAUGCCGAUACUAUGCGCCGUGCGGGAUUGAUGGAUCUCCUCAAGACGGGUGGCGAGACUAUGGGUGUCAAACUGAUGAAAAGGAUGGGAUGGCGGGAGGGCCAAGGCAUCGGCCCCAAAGUGCGACGGAGAGCCGAUCUCGGUGACCGUGCUGCGCAGAGCAACGAGAUGUACCUUUUCGCACCGGACAAUCCGCCCAUGAUAGCCUUCGUCCAGAAAAACGAUCACAAGGGAUUAGGGUUCGAAGGAGAAGCUCGCCUGGACGAGUCGCAUGGCCCUGGGGGGAAGGACUCGGAAGAUGAAGAUUCGGAUCCGUUCUUUGGGCGGCGACUAGAGGCCCCUGGGAAGCAAAAGCCGUCCAAGCCAGAGGAGCCACGUCGCGGCGCAUUUGGUGUCGGUGUCUUGAACGAUACUGGAUCGGAUGACGAGGACCCCUACUCUAUGGGUCCACAGAUUUCCUACAACCGUGUCAUCGGAGGGGACAAAAAGAAGAAAAAAAAGCAAAGAGAGAAAGCCGGGUUAAGAUCGGCCGCUGGUUCAGCAUCCAACCCUCUCGUGAGCACCAAGCCAGUGUUCAUUUCCAAGAAAGCCAUGGCAUCCAGGAAUCCUGGCCGCUUCAGGAAAUGCCACGAUGGCCGUUUACCCUUGGAUGGAUUUGUACUUGCAGACCUGGCUAGUCUCUCUAUCUCGUCCCAGGAGAAACGAUAUGCACCCGAGGCCCCUUCGGAUUGGAAACCCAGCAAAGCUCUGUCGCAAGAGAGGGAUACUACCAACUACGUUUCUACGGCAGACGCUGCCAAAUCCUCAUCGCUUGAUCCUACAUCUCGAGCUGCGCUUUUAGGGGAGGCGCAAUUACCUUCAAAAUCCAUCUUCGACUGGAUGACUCCUGAAGCCCGAGAGAGGAUAGCGAAGUUAACCGGGAAAACGAACCUACCGCCAGCUCUAGGCGAAAAAGCACCUAAAGGCUACGAAAUGUCAGAACCCCAGAAACGACAAGAUCUCUGGGAUCUGGUUCCAAAGCUAGAUAAGCAGCUGGCCGUCCAAGCAUUGACCCGUGCAGUCAGCGGAUGGAUACCCUACUCAGGGGAUCCCGACAAACGCGUCCGUUACCAGUCAUUCCUCGAGGUACGUGCUGGACGCCGUGACACACUUCCCGAACGAGUUCCCGGCUCAACGACCGACGAGUGGGCUUCCGAGUUACGCGAGUUCGCUCGAGCCGCAGAAGUCUUUAAACCAGUGAGCGGGGUUAUGGCAUCGCGGUUCACAUCCGCGUCGUCCGGCCCUAAAGGCUCGUCAGACGAAGCGGAAUCGUCUUCAGAUAACCCGCUACUCAGCAAACCUGCUGAAAAGCCCGAAGAUCCUGCUGUAGCGGCUGCCAAAAUUGGCAUGUUUGGUCCGAUGACCAGGAGCACCAUCUCAUUCCAUCCAGGCCGUUUAUUGUGCAAACGGUUCAAUGUGAAACCGCCUUCUAAUGUGCAGCAAGACCCUGAGGAACAGCAGCGGCCGGGAGGCGCACCUUUCGCUGCUGGUGACCGUUUCCAGUCCGCGGGUUAUCAAGCUCCUGCAAAUGCCGGUCCGAAGCAGUUGGUUUCACGGGACGUUCUGAACCAGCUAAUGGUGGAUAGCGGUCGAGCAGAAAUGGGUACUGAGACUGCAAGAGAGCAUGUAGUUGUGGAGCCAGAACGGAAUGAAGCUCUGGAAGCUGAACGGCCAGGAGAGACGGUUUUCAAGGCAAUAUUUGGGAGUGACGAUGAAGAUGAAGAUGAAGAGAUGGAGUAGCUUCCGUCUUGUAAUGUUACACUGUAUAGCUUCGGAACAACUAUAUGUGGAUGUGAUACUCGGCACUAAACGAGCUUGUUUAAUGGAGCAAAGCUUAUCAUGUG